AUGACAUAUGUCAAUACAGAUAAUAUGAAAACUAAUGAAGCUGAUAAUGAUAUAGUUAAAUUGAUUUCAGCUUUAAAUAAUCUUAGUAUUACAGAACCCUCAAUAGAUAGUUUGACAGCAAAUGAAUAUAUUGAGAUAGAUAAUAAUUUGGUUAAUACAGAGUUACCUACAGAUAAUAAACUCAUUGAAGAAAUUCUUUUGACUGAAGAAGUCUUACACUUGACACAAGUAGAUAUUGAAGAUUCAAGUGAGGAAGAAGAAACAAGUAUUUUUGUAAAGAUGCAGCAAAAUAAACCAUUGGUAUACGGUCUCAACCUGACCUCUAAAAAGUCCUCCGCACAACCUCCAAAACUAAAAAGAGCAUCAAUUUUUGAUGAAGACGAUGACCAAGAUUCCAACAGGAUUACUGACGUUCGCAAAAACGGUAGUAAAUCCUACAUGAAAGUCGUCAAUGAGCAAAUAUUGUCUUCAAGUUCUAUAAGUCAAUCAGUUCAGGAACAGUAUAAAGAAGCGUUGGAAGAAGAUCCCACUGCUUUUGCAUACGAUGAAGUGUAUGAUGAUAUGAAAAGUGCUGAAAGAAAGAGAUUAGAGGAGAUCAAAGGAAAAGAUAAAGGUCGCAUUAAAAAGCCAAAAUAUGUUGAUAGUUUAUUGAAAGCCGCCGAAAUUCGACAGCGAGAUUAUAUUCGAGCUCAAGAGCGCAAGGUACAAAAAGAACGAGAAGCUGAAGGAGGCGAAUUCGAAGGAAUGGAAACUUUCGUAACACCAGCAUAUAAAGCACAACAAGAAGAGUUGAGAAAAGCUGAGGAAGAAGAAAGGCUGCGAGAAGAGAAGAAUGCAGCUGGAGCGAAAGAUAUGACAUCGUUUUAUAGGAAAUUAUUAGAUCAAACUAGUUCAUCAAAAACUGCAGCCAUAGAAGCAAGUCGGUCUAAGAGGUCAAAGUCAGAUACGAUAGAAGAUGAUUCUACCGAUCAACAACCAAAAACUGACAAGGAGCUUGCAGAUCAAGCAAGAGCAGCCGGUAAAAUGGUAAUAUUGAAUGAUGAUGAACAAAUAGUGGACAAACGACAACUUCUGUCAGCUGGGUUAAACGUUGUAAAAAAGAAAACUUCUAUAUCACGAUCGUCAGAUAAUUUAUCACGUAAUAGGUCUUAUAAUGAUAGCAAAAGAUAUGAUAAUAAAUAUAAUUCCAAGAAUAGCGAUGAAAUGCGUCGUCGCGAGAGGCAAAGUCGAGAAUUAGAAAAUCAAAUUUUAGAAACUCAGCGAAAAAGGAUGGAAGAAGAAAAACAUAAGGAGCAAGAGUUGUUAAGUAAAUUGGAAAGAAAGAAUGAUGAUAAAGCGAUUUCUGAUGCAAGGGCCAGAUACCUGUCUAGGAAAAAAAAAGAUUAA